ACAUUUCUAUGGGAGGGGCUGGUGCUGUCAUCAGGGAGCCUGGGGGACAGGCUGCUUGGGGUGUCCCCCUGAUGGCACCUGGAAUGUGUGGAGCUUGGCUGAGAGGUGCAAGGGAGCUCCUGGUGCCACCUCUGCCAAAGACGCUAUCGUCUCGAGCCUGACAACGAAGCAUCCCAAUGGAUGACAGACAACCUUCUGUGCCUUCAUCAAGCUGGUCGUGUAACCGCCAUGUCUCUGGCGACAGCAUGGGAAAGACAAAGCCCUAAUUAAGGAUCAUCAGAAACCACAGUUGGAGGACGACGGCAGAGAUAGCUUCCCUCCCCACUGUAACAAGACCCUUCCUUCGAGGUCCCCACUCCUGAGGGACCCUGGACUGUCACAGAGGUUAAUUACCCCUUAGCUUCUUUGAAUGGGAAAGGAAAUCACUGGAUAAAGCUUCAUCAGGAGACUUUAUCAGCUCUUGAAGGAUUGCAGAAGAAUAGGCUACUUUAUUUUCUGAAAAGGUAAAUAGAUGCAAGCAAAGCCAACACGCCACUAAUGGCCUUCAUCUGCCACACAGCGGUGUCUGGGACACACUGGGGGUCGUCCCCCAGUGGGAGUGAAGUCGAGUUUAACGGCCCUUGAGUCCUCCCUUGGAAUUCCUGCCAUUCCUUCUGAUCGAGCCGCCACCUCUGGGAUUUUUCUUCGGUAUUUCUCCUCUCUUAGGAGGGAGUUCCUUUCACCCAUUGCAGGGAGGCCGCCAUCAGGACAGUGAAGAUGGUGACCCUGCGGAAGAGGACCCUGAAAGUGCUCACCUUCCUCGUGCUCUUCAUCUUCCUCACCUCCUUCUUCCUGAACUACUCCCACACCAUGGUGGCCACCACCUGGUUCCCCAAGCAGAUGGUCCUGGAGCUCUCCGAGAAUCUGAGGAGGCUGAUCAAGCACAGGCCCUGCACCUGCACCCACUGCGUCGGGCAGCGCAAGCUCUCGGCCUGGUUCGAUGAGAGGUUCAACCAGGCGGUGCAGCCGCUGCUGACCGCCCAGAACGCGCUCCUGGAGGACGACACCUACCGGUGGUGGCUGAGGCUCCAGCGAGAGAAGAAACCCAAUAACUUGAACGACACCAUCAAGGAGCUGUUCCGAGUGGUGCCUGGGAAUGUGGACCCCCUGCUGGAGAAGCGGUCGGUGGGCUGCCGGCGCUGUGCCGUUGUGGGCAACUCGGGCAACCUGAGAGAGUCUGCGUACGGGCCUGAGAUAGACAGUCACGACUUUGUGCUCAGGAUGAACAGGGCGCCCACGGCAGGGUUUGAGGCUGACGUCGGGACCAAGACCACCCACCAUCUGGUGUACCCUGAGAGCUUCCGCGAGCUGGGGGACAAUGUCAGCAUGGUCCUGGUGCCCUUCAAGACCAUCGACUUGGAGUGGGUGGUGAGCGCCACCACCACGGGCGCCAUUUCCCACACCUACGUCCCGGUCCCUGCGAAGAUCAGAGUGAAACAGGAUAAGAUCCUGAUCUACCAUCCGGCCUUCAUCAAGUAUGUCUUCGACAACUGGCUGCAAGGCCACGGGCGGUACCCGUCCACCGGCAUCCUCUCCGUCAUCUUCUCAAUGCACGUCUGCGAUGAGGUGGACUUGUACGGCUUCGGGGCAGACAGCAAAGGGAACUGGCACCACUACUGGGAGAACAACCCGUCCGCCGGCGCUUUUCGUAAGACGGGGGUGCACGACGCAGACUUUGAGUCUAACGUGACGGCCACCUUGGCCUCCAUCAAUAAAAUCCGGAUCUUCAAGGGGAGAUGACGCAGCGAAGGGUUGAGGAUGGACACACCGUCACGCCUCUGCGUUUCCAGCCCAGCACCUUGCCGGAGCCAUUCCAACCUGGAGCUUGGAGGGCCAGCCUCAGCUAUGUGCCCAGGCGCCGCCGGCAGCCUCUUGCACCCAGCUGUUGGCAGCAUCUACUCAGCAAGGUCACUGAGCUCUGCCAGCAUGGCAGGGCACGUCUCAGAACCUGUCUUGGGCGGGGACAACGUUCCCCCGCUGCUGCCCCAGAGCUGGGGAAAUGCUGGGAAAGGUUCAACCUCCACACACUAAAAUCACUUUGGCUCCUGGGGCGGGCUUGGGGAACACAGGUGGAAGACAUCCCUAUUCCGAGAGACAGGAUGGUUUUCCAAUGAAGGUGGGCAGAGACUUGAGUGGCAGUUACCUCCAGCACAGGGACACGCCGGCGGUGUUGGCGCUAGGGGCAAGAUGCUGCCCUUUUUGCACGAAGCCUGGCCUCUUGCUUGGCAUGAUAACCCUGUCAUCUUCUUCCCAAAGCUCAUUUAUGAGCCACCAGAUGCUCCUACCCCAAAGAUUUUCACAGAAACUUGAAGCCAGGUGCCAUGGCUCACACCUGUAAUCCCAGCAUUUUGGGAGGCCAAGGUGGGAGGAUUGCUUUGAGUCCAGGAGUUCAAGACCAGCCUGGGCAACAUCGUGAGGCUUCUGUAUCUACAAAAAUAAAAGAUAAAAAAAAAAAAAAAUUAGCCAGGCAUGGUGGCACACACUUAUAGCCCCAGCUACUAGGGAGGCUGAGGAGGAAGGAUCUCUUGUGCCUAGGAGGUCAAGGCUGCAGUAAGUUGUGAUUACACCAUUGCACUCCAGCCUGAGCAACAAAGUGAGACCCUGUCUCUGAAAAGCAAAAGAAAGAAAAAAUAACAACUUGGUGCCAUGUUUCUGACUCCUACAGAUGCCUCUUCUUACGCAGAUGUUCCUCUGAGUAGCCAGUCUCGUGGUUCCAAUCGUGGCGAGAGCAAAUCUGACCACUCCCAUGUGCCUUUGUAUUUGGGGAAGAAACACAUGCAUUGGCUGAAAUGAGGCAAGAGCUCCCACUUGGGAAAAGGGACCUGCACCAGCGGCCCCACUUGCUCUGUAGCUGGGAUCAUCUCUUCCGGUUUCCUGAGCCAGCACCUGAAUUGGAACAGAGCUCUGAGGAUACUCAGCACCACCCACGAGCGCGUCAUACAUUCUCCUUCUCAGACUGUUCAGUAUGGUGCCCAUAACCUCCAAGGCCACACAGGAGGCCUCCAGCAGCAUUUUCCCCCAGGGCCUGAGCUCAGGGUCAGGUCCCUGCUGGCCAUCUUGAGGCUGUCACUGGGGUCUGGGCUAGGGACAUCCCAGAAAUUGUGACUGGCACAUACCUCAUCUUCUCAUUCCCCAACUACUCUCUUUUCCUCGUUAGCCUUCCUGAUUAUUUAUUGAUUUUUUUUUUUUAAUUCAACUGACAUUGUUUGCACCCUGGCUCUGCUGGUGGUGCCGGUGUUUUAGUGAAGUUUGCCUCACCCAGUAGCUGGGAAAUGGGGGAGCUAACGGAGUUUUGUAGGAGUCCUCGGACUUGGAAUAUUGGGGCAUCGAGGGUUUGGAUGGUUUGUGGAAUGUCCACAGCAUCUUCGUGUUCUAACCCAACCUUCCUUCUUCCUGUUGUGGACUUGGAUUCAUUCUCAGGCUCGGAGUCUCCAAAACUCCGUGAAAGCUUAUUGCUGCUGGGUGGAGAGUGGAGAGCGACAGGCAUGCAGGGACAGUGAUGGUUGGCUCCAGUUACUAAUGUUUAAGCAGAAAAACCACUUUUCUUGCUGAAAAUCUCUCUGAAAAGGCUGCUGCUGCUUUGAGGGGGCGUGACCUUUUCCUGGUGGUGUGAAGGAGGCAGGGGGGCCUGUGCUCCCAGGCUCAGGGGACCCCCUCUGCACACUCGGAGGGAGGAGCUGGAGGGUAUCAGUCCUGGGUCACAGGCGGCUUCAGGCCAUUCACAAGAGUCCCUGGAAGUUGCAUGCCAAGUUUUUUUUUUAUCCCUGAAUCUCUUCAUAUGAGCAUUUUUUCUGGAGAGAGGUUCCAUAGCUUUUACUAAGUUCUCAAAGGUUCAGAAUGUGGAGUGUGUUAGACAAACAAAAAAAACCUGUUUCAGCUUUAAAAUCCUCCAAACUUUACGACUUUUUUUUUUUUUUUUCCUGAGAAAGGCUGGUAAGUUGCUGAGUCAUCAUUCAGAACAUGCAUACUCGAAGGGCAGAGCUCACAGCCGUAUAUGACCUGAAAGAACUCAGCAAACGUUUAUUGAGUGGCUGAGUAACCCCAGGGACGGACUCUAGAUAAUCAGAUACUGAUACAGAGAGCGAUGCUGUCUCCUGAACUCUUCCAGCAAACCUCUGACAACAAGUAAAAGGAAACCAAAAGCUGAGUCUAUAUAGGGAUGACAGGCUCAGGCUGAGCAAUUGACUUCUCUGGGUUUUGCUGUGGAAGAACAGUUUCCUCAAAAUGAAGAUGUGUCUGUCUGAGCCAGACGCUGCCUGGGUCAGUCAUCUGGCCUCCAUCUGUCCCCCCUCCCUCCCACUAGGAUGGUCAAGCUGUGAGACCUCUUCCAGCCUCCAAACCCACCUCUCCCAUUUUACUGAUGAGAAAAUCAAGGCCACAUUGCAGCCGGGUGGGGGGAGGUGAAGAGUGACAGGCACAGAGGACAGUAAUUGUUGACUCUAGUUACUGAUGUUUAAUCAGAAAAAAACCGUUUUCCUGUUGAGCACAUUUACUAAAAGGCUGCUGCUGGACUGGGAGGUGUGGCCUUUUCCUGGUGGGGUGUGAACGAGGAAGUGACAGGCAGUCGUGAACUGUCUGGGACAGAUAGCGCAAGUCAGAGUUUGAGCAAAAAUAAGGUGUUACUGGCGCUAUGUUUAAAUUGUCUGGAGAUGGGCUUUCCCCGUGAGUCUCCGUUCAGCAUCUCAGAAAAGUGUCACCGGAAUGGGGUGCCUGAGUCUCCCGUGCUAGCUUAGCACCGAGCUCUGUCCGCAGGCUGCCAGGGUGGUCUCUGCCUUCUCACGCCCUCCAGUGCAGGAGAAAGAAUUUCUCUUUCCCAUGGCCCAGCAGACACCUCAUAUGUUUCAUUGGCUUAGCAGUGGGCACUUAAUGGAAUAAAAGCAAGUUGUUGCGGCCAGAUUUAAAUGCACCCGUUUGGCUUAAACCAGCUGGAACUCAUACCUGGGGUGCAGGUGGCUGGGAAUUAGACAAGAGUGUAUGUCAGACAAAGGGCACCAUGCAUGCUGUCAGCAGGAGAAGCAGGAGCACUCGUAUUGGGCAGGCAGUGGCAGGGGGCUCCCUCAGGCCCCUGAAUCCCAGCUUAUGGCUCUUUCUACUCCAGGCAGAGUUCCUUGGAGACCAGCCCUGAGCUCACGCAGGAAGCAGAGGGGUCCCUGAGUUCAGGCAGGGAGCAGAGGGGUCCCUGCCUGCAGCACCCGGAGCUGAACCUGAAGCUAGAAAGACAGGCUGACGAGCCAGCCCAUGAGGUCUCCCCUGUGAGUCAGGGCUCUGAUUUGCUAUAGCUAGAGCUACAUGCACCUCCCUUCCCCUCAGCCACUUUUUACGGGAGAAAGGAGGGCAGAUUUGUAUCCUCUGGCUCUGCAGGGAUCCUGGGCUGGAAGAAAGUUGAUAAUUGGAUGAAUCCCUUUUAAAACUCUGGCUUUUCCAAGCAUCAUUCAGCAAAGCAUUUGGCUAGGCUUAGAGAAGAAAGCCAGGUAUGAGAAAAUAGAACGUAAAAUAGGAAGAAAAGAAGGUGGAAAGGGCAGUUAAGAUCUGGGUGAUCCUUCAGGGAAAGGGCUGGUUGAGAGGCUUAGAUGGAGUACCAUUCUCUGCUGUGGCCAGAAGGCGGUGCUAGAGGCUGGUCCCACCUGGAUGUGACUCUGGUCUCUUGGCAAAGGUGUACUUAAACCAAAGAGAACAUUCAGAACGGGAAUGUUUGCUCUUAAGUAGUCUGAAAACAAGUGAAAGGGAAACCAAGAGAACUCACUCACCCUCACCUGGCUAGGAUCAAAAAGACUUUGUGCAGGGAAGCCCAAGCUCCGAGGGGCCACAGUCCAGCUAAAGAUGACGGGACACCAGCCACGCACCAUCAGGAACCAGCACCUGUCCUCGACCCUAAGAAGAGCCCCAGGGGUAUCAUUAUAUCCAUCAUAGACAUGUGGUUUGCAGCAAAUGUGGCUCCAUGCCACCAGGAUCAUCCUGCGCUGUGGACUGGGCUAGCCAGUUUUGAGAUGGAGUCCACCUCCCUCUUUGUGUUUGUCGUAAAAACACCAGCUCCUGCACCCCUGGGUUGCUACCUGACACCUGUGCAAAGACAAGAAGGAAGACUUCGAAGAAAAGGCAGAGACAGGCAAGGCAGCACCUCACAGCUUGUCAGUAUCAGGGCAUUACCGACUUUUUUUUUUCUCACCAAAAGAGCACUGAAUUUCCUAGGGGCAGUGAGCCACCUUUACACCUCCUGUUCUCCCUCCCAGCCCAUCAGGUGCCCCCAUCACGCAGCCUCAUCACUCAGCUUCUUCCUAGUACAAAACUGCCAUAGGUUGCACGUCCUGAGCUGUGGGACGUCAGCUUUAACCCUAGCCUCUGUCAGCGCCUCCCCUCCAGCCCCCUGCCCCUUAGGGUGAUCGUGGGUUCCUCCCCUUCCUCCUGCACAGUCACUUCCCUUCACCGAAUUCCCCUCAAAGCCAAAGUUUCUUGAGCACUUUUUCUUCUGUGCAGUCUUGUGUGUGUGGCUCUUGGUGUUUUAAAAGUUGCUUUUUAUUCCCCCUCACCGCCCCACUCCUCUCCGUGUCGUUGCGAAGCUGAGCACUGGUUGGGAUGCAUUUGAAUGACGUUAGCAAGACCCUGCUUUCCUCAACCCCGGCUCUGUUUUAUUUAUUGUUGAAUAUUUCCAACGAUCCAAAUCAAAGAGAAUAAAAGGAAGAGCUAUUUUAUUGUU